UUACACAUUACACUGUGAUCCUGGAACACAUUCCCAUACAGUUCAUGUUCUUUUUUGAUGCGCAAUAAGUUCCCCUUUAACAAAGUUUAUUUGAGUUUGUUCCCCUUUAACUAAGUUGAUUUGAGAGUUUGAGUUUCAGCUAGUUUGAUGGUAUGGCAGUCAGAGAUGGAAGGAGUUUGUGGUUGUUUUCCAUUGCAGAGGUGCAUGCCUUGAUAUGGCUAUAAAGAUAAAAGGACAGCAUGUAUACAUGUAUGCAAAUGUAUUUACUACCGAAACAAGCAAAAAUUGUUUAACUGAAUUUUAAAAGAAGCCUCUAUUUACCGUGCAUUCCCCCAGAUUGUAAUGCUAACGAGACUCUUGUUUUCUCACCAGUGUGUUGUCAUCAGAGCUGCGGGAGAGUGUCUUUGUUUAAGUGUGCUUUAUGUGUGCUUUAAGGCAUGUGAAAAGCUCUCCUUUGUUUGCAGUAUAACUACCCCCUGGCAGCGUGUUGAUGGUGCCUGAUGCAUUGCUCUCAAGAUUGUACUCUCCUGCUUUCUCUUCAUCUCACAAGGGCUCUGUGAGACUCUGUAGGCCUGGUUGUGGACAAAAUUAUGGAUAUGCGAUGCAUGGCAAUAAGGAAAUGUGUCUAUGAUGUUGAUGCUAUUGUUAGUUAGUGCACUGUGGUGCAAUGCUUACCAUGUCAUCUAACAAUGUUCUAAUAGUCUAGUGCUCUUGUUUUACACAUUUUGUGGCGUUCUGAUUUCAAAUUUUAUACAAACGGGUAACGAAGGCAGGGAUAUUUGUAGUAGAAAUUAUCUUACAGUAGGGGGCAAUCUUUCCCCAGAGAAACGUUCAUGAAUGGUAAGAACUGUUUAGUAUUUAUAAUGGAAAUUACAUACAUAAAAUAAACACUUUGUGAUUAUAAAUUUUCUCUUCUGAUUAAUUGAUUGAAUACUGGCUUUGAGUUCUUGAUUUCCCUUGAUCUUCCCUGGAAUGAGACUCCCCAUUCUACAGGCACCUUUGGUCAAACAUGCUGUGGAGACUCAGGAGCAGUUCCUCCCUGUGGAGUUCCCCUCCGGGGAAACAGCUUUUCUCUGAGUAAACACACACGCCUACCUUUACCCACACUCUGUCCAGCAGUGCACUCAUGGAGGCCAUGAAGCUAUAGUCUCAUGCAGGCAGACUCACUGUGUUAUAAAUGAUGCUGUGUCAUUGUGCUGUUUUAGAUUCAUGCAGACAAACUUGUUAUGUCAUGAAUGUAACAAAGGAUUAAAAAGUGAACGUGUGCAUUGUGGGUGUGUGGUGCUGUACUCCCACCCCGCUGCGUGCUCCUGUUGUCUAAUCACUCUGUCUUUAGCAGGACUCGUCUGUGAAUGCACCCCUUUGAACUCCCCCCGUUACUCCCUCACAGCACAAUGUCCCUCCCUCCCCCUCACGGGGCGGGGCCUCAGGGCUCUCCUUUCUGCAGGAUGCUGCAGACGAUCAGUGAAUGGUUCUGGUGGGACCGGAUCUGGCUCCCUGUCAAUCUGACAUGGUCCGACCUAGAAGACAGUCAAGGGCGAGUCUACGCCAAAGCAUCGCACCUCUACGUCACGGUGCCAUACUCCAUAGCCUUUCUCAUAAUCAGAUACCUGUUUGAGAGGUUGAUUGCCACACCCUUUGCAGCCUCCUUUGGGAUCCGGGACAGGGUCCGGCACAGAGCUGCAGACAGCGUUAUCUUGGAGAGACACUACCGCUCAUUCAGCAGAACCCCCACACAGUCGGAAAUUGAUGGGCUAUCAAAGAAAUGUGGCUGGUCCAGCAGACAGGUGGAGCGCUGGUUUCGCCAAAGGCGCAACCAGGACAGACCAGGAAUUCUGAAGAAGUUUAGGGAGGCCAGUUGGAGAUUCACCUUCUAUCUGUCAGCAUUCGUCGGAGGGCUGAUAGCAUUGUAUGAUAAGCCAUGGUUUUAUGACACUCGAGAGGUGUGGGCGGGGUUUCCAAAGCAGUCGAUGCUGGACUCCCAGUACUGGUACUACAUCAUAGAGAUGAGCUUCUACGGGUCACUGUUGUUCAGCGUGGCAUUUGACGUCAAAAGAAAGGACUUUAAAGAACAGAUUAUCCACCAUUUGGCCACCUUGAUUCUCCUGGCCUUCUCCUGGUGUGCUAACUACAUCCGCAUUGGGACCAUGGUGAUGCUUGUCCAUGAUGCCUCUGAUGUCUUUCUGGAGUCUGGAAAGUUAUUCAACUAUGCCAAGUGGGAGAAAACCUGUAAUGCUAUCUUUGUAGUGUUUGCUCUGGUGUUCAUGGUAACAAGACUGAUCAUCUAUCCUUUCUGGCUGAUCCACUGCACAUGGGUGUAUCCCCUCCUGGAUUUCCCUCCAUUCUUUGGGUACUACUUUUUCAACCUGAUGCUUAUGGUCCUGCAGCUUCUGCACCUGUUCUGGGCCUACCUGAUCCUGCGCAUGGUCAAAAAGUUCAUUUUUGGUAAUAUGACUGGUGACGAGAGAAGUGACCACGAAGAAGAGGAGGACGAGAUGAGCCCAGAGGAAGAGGAAGUUCAUCUGAAAGUGCAGAAUGGCUCAGGAGCUGGAGGUGUUCAGAGGGAUCACUGAUGCCCCCCUGCAGCCUCGGGGGACAAUCUGCUCAAGCCCACCGGCAACACACAUUACACAUAAAUUACACACAUUAUAUAUUACUAACUCUAUACUCCAACUCAAGGUGUGGAGAUAAAUUAUCUAGAAAAAUGUUUUCCUUCAACACAUACGCACACAGACACAUGCCCACGCAUACACACACACACACGCACACAAACGCACAUGCACACACACACACACACACAAAACAAAUUCAUGUCAGCUGGAGAAACCCUCUCUGAUCUGUCUGAGCCAUCAUGCUGAGGUCACCCUUUCCCUGGGCUGGUCCAUGUCAUACUCUGAUAAACUCUUCACAUUGUUUCUGGAAUUCGUCUUCCCACAAAACCUUCUUUAAGACAUACCCAGGACCAUGAAUAUUUGACCCCACAGGACCGGGUUCAGAGAGCAUGGGGAGGCACAGGGGACAUGGCUCCAGCCCCUGGGGCAGGUCUGUGAGAAGGAGAGUGAUUGGUGGAGCCUCCUUCCUUCCUUCCUCCUGCUGCUGCCCUGAUGAGCAGCUCAAGGCCUAUGUACUACAGCAGGCACUGAGCAUCCUGCCAUGCAUCACAGUCCUCCUUCAGGACGGGAGCAACUCUGGGCCAGUGCACUGCAACACUUUAUGCUGACUUUGCAUACUUCAGAAACCAAACAGCAAGUAGGACGGGAUUUACGCACCGUGCAGAAUCUUCAGCUGGAUUCCUCUGCAGAGGCUUUUAAAUCAUUACACCGGUAUGAGGCCUUGGUCCAGGUGGUGGGGGAUUCCUCAAAGCGUGACCUUACAAGCUGACAACUGGCUUCCAAUGUGAGCUGAAUUUUUUAUUUUAUUUUACUAUGUUCUCGAAUGAUGAGAACUGCCAAUGGAAGUAGUGUGCUUGGAAAAUGCUUUAUAAAAUGCACACACCUACAGUAUUGAUUGUGUUUAUAUCUGGUAGUUAAUUCAUAGUUUAUGAAGUCAAUGUUACUGCUUAUGAAAAGUGUAAUGCAUUUUAAGGUUUUCCCAAAAUGUCAUGAUAUAUAUGUAUGUAUGUAUGUAUGUAUAUAUAUAUAUAUAUAUAUAUAUAUAUAUAUAUAUAUAUAUAUAUAUAUAUAUAUAUAUAUACAUGUGUAUAUUUCAUUUUGGUCACAACAUAUUUCAGAUGGUCCAUAUUUCAAAUAUUUAUAAAUGGCCAAAGAGCUGCCAAAAUUCCAUUCCCUACACAGAAAUUUAAAGUGUGUUGGAAACAGGGCAUCACAUAUUAACAUUGAAACUGAGACUUACAUUAACUGCAGAAGUUGAAAGUGAAGGGAGAGACCAUAGAUGGCCAUGUAGUCUAGGAAACAAUUAAGCACAAUUAAGUCUGUAAUUGGUUAAAUUAUAUGACUGCGGACAUUUGUAUGAAUUUUUGUGGAUACAAAUAUUUUGUGUUUUGGAGAUUAGA